AUGGAUUUGAAUAAUUUUGAAAAUUUGGCAAGUAUAUGUAUUCAAUUAAAUCAAUUUGGAAUUUGUGUUGUUUUUUUACUUUUAUCUUCAAAAAAUAUUCAACAUUUUUUGAAAGCUUUUUUUGAUGUUAAUUUUAGUUUUUGUUUAUUAAUUUUAAUUUUGGCACUUUUGCUUUUUCCGUUUACAUUGCUUAAAUCGCCAGAAGAUUUUUGGUGGGCAGCUGUUUUAUCAGCUGGGACAACAACCAUAGCCGUUAUUUUAAUUUGUUUUGGAACUUUAAUGGAUUCUUCUGUUUGUGCCAAAAUUUCUAUAGGAAUGCCACCAAAUAAUAAAUUUAGUAAUUACUUUCUUGCCCUUGGAACUUUUCUUUUCUCUUAUGGAGGGCAUCCUGGCUUUCCAACAAUUCAACAUGACAUGAAAAAACCUAAAGAAUUUACUAAAGCAUCAAUUAUAGCAUUUUUAAGUAAUUUUUAUUUCCUUUUACUUUCCAAAAACUUUUUACAUUCGGCCAUCUAUUUAAGGUUCACGGCUGAAUAUAUUCGAGUAAAUACUAGGCUAAAAAAGCUGGGAAUGACCACGCAAGUUCUAAAUGUGGAAAUAAUGACUCUUUUAUCAAUGCUUUAUUUGCCUGUUUGUAUUUUGGGAUAUAUUGUAUAUGGAAAUAGUUUACGCGAAUCUAUUAUGAAUUCAAUACAAAAUGUUUGGAUUCAGCAUACAGCCAGUUUUUUAAUUACUGGACAUGCAAUAUUUUCUAUAAUUAUUGUAAUUAAUCCAAUUAACCAAAUUGCCGAAAAGAAAUUCUUUGUACCACAAGAAUUUGGCCCUUUUCGAAUUAUUGUUCGCGGAAUUGUUCUUUUUUUGGUUGUUUUAGUUGCUGAAUCAAUUCCAACAUUUGGGCCUCUACUCGAUUUAAGUGGAGGUUCUACACAAACAUCUACAGCAUUAAUAUAUCCCUGUAUUUGUUAUUUAUUCUUAAAUGCUUCUGAACAAAAAUAUAAACUGAAAGAAACUAACAAAAAUAUUAAAAUUAAAUUUAAUGUAUGUAAUAAAUUUUUUUAA